AUGCUUUUGUUUUGGGGAUAUCCAGCGUCCAGUAUCAAAUUUUGUGAACCACAGUCAACAAUUAUUCAUUUUGACAGCUGCAUUAAUCUAUGUUUAAAGGAAACUUACUGCAUGCUUGCUUUCGGAAAUGACAGCUCUUGCACGUUGUGUGAUAUUUAUGCAGUUUCCAAAAUUACACAGUCAAAUUAUACUUCGAAUAUUCAAACUGCAAUAAAAAUUGAUUCCCAACUCCAAUGCCCGAAAAAUAUGACAACAAACCAAUAUACUUACACGACCGGAUCCAACAAUUAUAAACUAACGUUCUCGGAUCCUUCCUGGACAAUAACCUACGAGAAAAGUUGCGUAAAUUCGACAUUCAGAAUGUUUCCUAGGCCAACUGGACCAUUUUGUUUAGAUGUGCUAUGGUCAGUUGGAAAUAGAGUAAAAUCUUCAACGUACUGUAAAGAUUUGGGCGAGGGAUUGGAUCUAGCUGGAAUGCAAACGAAAAAAGAAUUCGACUAUGUUCUUAAGACGGCAAAAACAAAAAGUUACUACAAUACAAACUAUAAAUACAGUACUGUGUGGCUCAGUGGAAUAAUGAGAUCAGCCUGCCAAACUAGUCCGGUACCUUCAGGAUGUGACGGGAUAAAAGCGUUCUCCGGUUUUUCUUAUCAGGAUAAUUUUGAUGUUUACAAGUUUGCGCCUGGCUAUCCAAAAAUUCCGUCUUCCGCCUCACCUCGAAGCAUGCAACUUCUAAUUUCACAGAGUGAAAGUGCCUUCGAGGGAAUGAUUGGUGAUGCACUAAGUGACUAUAUUUGUGAUGGACAAAGCCCUCCAGUGAUAUGUGUCUUUUACAUGCGGAGGUCCUGCUGUAUGAAAAUACAAACGAUACAAAAAAAAUCAAUUCAUUCAUAA